AUGUCUGUGGACAUGAACAGCCAGGCGUCUGACAGCAAUGAGGAAGACUUUGGGGUAAACUCUGAAGAAGAGGAGGACGAUGGAGGGGAAGAGGAGGAUCAAGGGGACAUAGAAACGUACUACGAAGGAGUGGCCGGCGAUGUAGAACAACAGGGCGCGGACUCCUUUGACCCAGAAGAGUAUCAGUUCACUUGUCUAACGUACAAGGAGAGCCAAAGGGUUCUAAAUGAGGAGGUGAACAUUGUUGCUGCUGCAUUGAAGGUUUUACCAGCUGUAGCAAAGCUGAUACUUGUGCAUUUUCACUGGCAUGUUUCACAAAUUCUGGACAGGAAUAAGUCCAAUUCAUCUCUGGUGUUGUCAGAUGCUCUGGUUCAGCCUAGCAGUACUUGCAGAGCAGGCAUUGCCUCUCAGUCCUUGCAGUGCGGUGUGUGUCUCCAAGUCGUACGGAGAGAUUCUCUUCUGGCUCUGCCCUGCCAGCACUCCUUUUGCAAAGCAUGCUGGGAGCAGCACUGCACUGUACUGGUCAAAGAUGGUAUAGGAGUAGGGAUCUCGUGCAUGGCACAAGAUUGCUCCCUGCAAACGCCAGAGGAUUUUGUCCUGCCUCUACUGCCAGGAGAGGAGUUGAAGGACAAGUACAGACGCUACCUCUUCAGAGACUAUGUAGAGAGUCACUUCCAAUUGCAAUUAUGUCCGGGUGCAGACUGCCCCAUUGUCAUUAAGGUGCAGCAGCCACGGGCGCGCAGGGUACAGUGUAGCCGCUGCAGUGAGGUCUUCUGUUUUAAAUGCUGUCAGAUGUACCAUGCACCCACAGACUGUGCAACAAUCCGUAAAUGGCUCACAAAAUGUGCUGAUGACUCAGAGACGGCCAACUAUAUCAGCGCACACACUAAAGAUUGUCCUAAGUGCAAUAUCUGCAUUGAGAAGAAUGGAGGAUGCAAUCACAUGCAAUGCUCCAAGUGCAGACAUGACUUCUGCUGGAUGUGUCUUGGUAACUGGAAGACUCACGGCAGUGAAUACUACGAGUGCAGUCGCUAUAAAGAAAACCCUGAUAUUGUCAACCAGAGCCAGCAGGCUCAAGCCAGAGAGGCUCUUAAGAAAUACCUCUUCUACUUUGAAAGGUGGGAGAACCACAACAAGUCCUUGCAGCUGGAGGCUCAGACGUACCAGAGGAUUCAGGAGAAGAUCCAGGAGAGAGUGAUGAACAAUCUGGGAACCUGGAUUGACUGGCAGUAUCUUCACAAUGCCGCAAAGCUUCUAGCUAAGUGUCGCUACACACUGCAGUAUACGUAUCCCUACGCCUAUUACAUGUCCGGCCCACGCAAAAAACUGUUUGAGUACCAACAGGCACAACUCGAGGCAGAGAUCGAAAACUUGUCAUGGAAGGUGGAGCGGGUUGACAGCUACGAGAGGGCAGUGGGGGAAGGCGAGGUGGAUCUCAGUGCGAGCGAUAGGGGGGAGCUGGAGAAUCAGAUGCACAUUGCUGAGCAGAGGCGACGUACACUGCUGAAAGACUUUCACGACACCUGA